GGCGUCACGGGCGUGUGUGUACCAGGGGCUACAUCCACUGCCCGGGCCCUGAUGUCUUUAAUACCGGCGGGCACCGACCGAUGAAACCUGUGUUUGGCAGAAUACAGCGGGAUCCAACAGGUGAUGUGAAUCUGGGAAGCUAUGUUAGAAACAAUUGAUACAAACCGUGCCUUGCAGGCAGUCGAACGUCUGCAGGCAAAGAUUCGAGAGCGUGGGGAUGUAGCCAAUGAAGAAAAGCUCUGCUUAUUGAAAUCUGUUUUACAAAGCCCACUUUUCAGCCAGAUUUUGAGUCUUCAGACAUCAGUUCAUCAUUUGAGGGAUCAGGUAAAUGUGAACCCUGCUGUGUCCGCCUCUACAGACUUUGUGCAGCUUUCACCGUAUGGAUCCAGCUCUAUUUCUGUUCUGCAAAAUGAAUCCUACUCUUUGGCUCAGCAGAACGGCAGUCCAGCUAACUCAUCAGAAACUGCCUCCCGAUCAGUUUCUCCACAGGUCAAUGGCAAAUCAAGCACCGAAGAUUUUGAUCAGCUUAUCAAACAAAUGGCACAGGGUCGACAGAUAGAAACCCUAGAACUUAUCAAGCCUUCUAGUGGGGGACUUGGAUUUAGUGUAGUGGGACUGAAAAGUGAAAACCGAGGUGAGCUUGGAAUUUUCGUGCAAGAGAUUCAAGAAGGCAGCAUUGCAGAUAGGGAUGGAAGGUUAAAGGAAGUAGAUCAGAUCCUGUCCAUUAAUGGUCAACUUCUUGAUCAUACAAUUACACAUCAUCAAGCAAUUAGCAUCUUACAAAGUGCAAAAGAUAAAGUGCAACUUGUGGUUGCUAGAGGACCUCUGCCACAGUUAAUAAGCCCAUUGGUAUCUCGUUCACCAUCUGAUGCCAGCACUAUAUCUGGUCUGCCUAGCCCUAUGCACUGGCAGCAUGUAGAGACUAUUGAGCUGGUGAAUGACGGGUCUGGUCUUGGCUUUGGAAUUGUUGGUGGAAAAUCAAGUGGAGUUAUUGUCAAAACUAUUUUACCCGGAGGUGUAGCAGACCAGAAUGGCAGACUUCGCAGUGGGGAUCACAUUUUAAAAAUUGGAGAGACAGACCUUGCAGGUAUGAGCAGUGAACAGGUUGCUCAGGUCUUAAGGCAAUGUGGGAACAGAGUGAAACUUGUUAUUGCAAGAGGUCCAAUGGAGGAUUGCUCUGCUGGAAUACAUGUCAGUGUCCAGACCCCUCCGUCAUUAACAACAGUACCCGAAACACAGGCAAGAGAAGGAGUAAUUAAAGAUGGAUAUGGUGAAACAUUUGAUGUGACACUGGCGAAAAAUACUCAGGGUUUGGGCAUCACCAUUGCUGGUUAUGUUGGAGACAAAAGCUCAGCCAGUAUGUCUCAGUUGCCCGAGGAUGAGUUAACCUCUGUAGCGUCAGAGGGUGAACUCUCGGAGUCGGAGACUUCAUUUACUAAAUCCCCUCCUUCCGAGGAGCCCUCCUUCAGAUUUAAGAUUGAGCAUCUGCGUUUUUUACUAAAAGAGCUUUUGUCUACUUUAGAGGUUCUGGAAGCAAAACUGCCUGAGGAACCUAAGAUUCCUAAGUUAUACAGGGUUUAUGAGGACAGAAAGGCCCCACAUGAGAAACGUGGUUUUGCUUGGCAUAAGGUUGAUGGGACAAAUCUUCAGGGUUUUACUAACCAGCAAGCAGUGGAAGUUUUGCGUCACACAGGACAAUCAGUACAGUUGACCUUAAUUAGACGAGGGUGUAAGCAGGAAUCCAGUGUUCCCCAAACUGAAGAACCUUGUAAACUUGCUGACAAUGCUGAAAAUGACAAAGAAAGCACUUCUAAUAUUCAGCUGCCAUCAUCUGAGACCUCUAUCGCUGUAACACAAUCUGCAACAAAAGGGAUAAACUUACCAUCAGAACAAGAAUGUCCCCAAAACAUAAGUGAAGAGGAGUGUAAGAUCAAAUGGCAAAGAAUUAUGGGUGUUGAUUAUGAAAUUGUGGUUGCUCAAGUAGACAAGUUCAGAGAAAGCAGUGGGUUAGGUAUAAGUCUGGAAGCCUCAGGCAGCCAUCAUUUUUUGAGAUCUAUAUUACCAGAAGGACCAGUAGGCCGGAGUGGAAAACUGUAUAGUGGGGAUGAACUGCUAGAAGUGAAUGAAAUAUCUCUCCUUGGCCAAAAUCAUAAAGAUGUUGUUAACGUCUUAAAAGAGUUACCUAUUACUGUGACUAUGGUUUGUUGCCGCCCAGUUCAACCUCCAGACAUUAACUUGGAAUCAGGAGAGCAGCAUACUUCUGAAGAAGUUAUUCACUUAAUUGAAAAGGACCAAGACAAUUUUGAUGAUCAGUUCUCUGAACUCUGGAAAAUCCCAGAAGACAUAUCAGCAAUGCAUCACAUUGAUAACGAUUCUCAGCAUGACAUUGAAUUUGUUGAAGCAAUUGGCUCUUCGGAAACAGAUGAUGUUGGCAUGGCUGCAGUUGAUGAUGGUCAUAACAUUGAUGAGGUGCAAGGAUCUCCACUAGCAAUGUGGGAAACAGAGGUACAAGAUAUUGUGCUGGAAAAGGGAAACCUUGGUCUAGGUUUCAGUAUCUUAGAUUAUCAGGACCCUAUUGAUCCAGCAAGCACUGUAAUAGUAAUUCGAUCUUUGGUUCCUGGAGGUGUAGCAGAACAAGAUGGCAGGCUUCUUCCGGGAGAUCGCCUCAUUUUCGUUAAUGAUAUCAAUUUGGAUCAUGCAAAUCUUGAGGAGGCUGUUCAGGCACUGAAAGGAGCACCAGUGGGAAAAGUUAGAAUUGGAGUUGCAAAACCACUACCUCUUUCACCAGAAGAGGGCUAUGUUUCUGCUAAAGAAGAGACUCUCUUCUACUCUGCUCAGUCUUAUGAUGACGAAGCUUCUUCUGAUGCUCCCCUUUUCCAUGCUGAGCUAGCUCUGGUAGAGUCAUCUGAGACUGACUUUCCAUGUGAACCUUUUCUGGAAUCUCAGUAUCCUACAGAGGAUAACAACUCUUUUCAAGUUUCAAUGUUAGCCUUGCACGGGAGUGCAUGUUGUGAAGAUUUAACUGAUGAGCUCAUUUCUUCAACUUUAAAGGAUUCCCCUGAAGAUACAUUUCUUGAUGAAAGUUUUUACUCAACAUCAGAAGUAAAUACAGAAAAGCUAACCUUUUCUAAACCAGUCUCUGAAGCAGAAUUUUGGGAAACUUCUAUGCCGUUGUUGGAUUUUAAAACACCUAGCAUGGAUUUUGAUCAUCUAAAUCUUAACCAUUCCAAAGAAGAGACAGAGUAUAAGAUUUACAGAAGUGAUUCAGUUGAUCCAAAGGAUCAUUUGCAUACAGGAGUUUUUGAAAAAACAAAAAAUUGUGUUCUCUCCCCUUCUUUGAUGAAGCCUAAGGUGGCACUGGAUCCUACUGAAACACCUACUGAAUUAUCUGGUUCUGCCUCUAAGGUUGAAGGCUAUUCAGGUGGAAAACAAUAUCUAGACACUUCUGAGCAUUGUAAAACCAAAGGUUUAAUUAAAAAUACAUUUGAAAAAACAAUUACUGUAACCAGAGGUAACUGCAGUUUAGGUAUGACUGUGAGUGCCGAUAAAGAUGGCUCAGGAAUGAUUGUCCGUAGUGUUAUAAAUGGAGGCUCCAUAAGUCGAGAUGGACGGAUUUGUGUCGGAGAUUGUAUCUUGGCUAUUAAUAACGAGUCAACCUCUAACCUUACCAAUGCUCAAGCACGAGCAAUGCUGAGAAGGCAUUCAUUACUUGGACCAGAUAUAAGAUCUUCUCCAGCACCUGCUGAUGAUCAGGCCCCCUUUUAUGUUAUUACAUAUGUACCGAGUGAGCAUUUUGAAGAAUAUAAAGUCUCCUUGGGUCGGCUGCCUGAAAGAACAGUAUCAUUGGAUGUUUUAUCAACAUCCAGUGCUAGUGAUGUUCCGGAACUUCCUGAACGUGAAGAAGGUGAAGGGGAAGAAAGUGAGCUUGAGAAUGCAGCCUUCAGCAACUGGAAUACUCCAAGAAGGGUUGAGCUCUGGAGGGAGCCUGGCAAGUCUCUAGGAAUAAGCAUUGUUGGUGGCAGAGGUAUGGGGAGCCGUUUGAGCAAUGGAGAAGUCAUGAGAGGAAUCUUCAUCAAACACAUACUGGAAGACAGUCCAUCUGCGAAGAAUGGAACCUUAAAAACUGGUGAUAGGAUUGUGGAGGUGGAUGGCAUUGAUCUUAGAGAUGCCAGUCAUGAACAAGCUGUGGAAGCCAUAAGAAAAGCAGGAAAUCCUGUUGUCUUUUUGGUUCAGAGUAUUAUCAACAGACCAAGGCCUGAAUCUGUAUAUUGCUCCCCAUCUGCCUCUGCUUACAGAGGGCAUCCACCUACUAACCCAUUUUCUCAUCACUCAGCUAAGAGCACCUUUGGUACUAAGCCUCUCUUCCAGUGCACUAACCCUUUUGCCGAUUCUGCUCAGUUCAACACUAACAAGGACACAAUGAAUCCUGUUAGGAUUGCCUUUCGUUGCUCCCCAACUAACCCCUUUGCUCCCACACCAUUUAAGUCUUCCAGUAAUUCUGAUUCGGAGACCGAAAAGGCUACUGUUUUGGCUCCUUCAGCAUUGUCAUCAGUUGGCUCUGAUAGUACUUCUAUGUCCUCAGGAGAACAUGAAAAAGAAGAUGAAUUUGGCUACAGCUGGAGGAAGAUAUCACAGCGUUAUGGAAACCUGCCAGGAGAGUUGCAUAUGAUAGAGUUGGAGAAAGGAAAGACUGGAUUGGGCUUGAGCCUCGCUGGAAACAAAGACCGAUCACGAAUGAGUGUCUUCAUUGUGGGGAUUGAUCCAAAUGGAGCUGCUGGCAAAGAUGGCCGGUUGCAGAUUGCUGAUGAGUUAUUAGAGAUCAAUGGGCAAAUUUUGUACGGAAGAAGUCAUCAGAAUGCUUCAUCAAUUAUAAAAUGUGCUCCAUCAAAAGUGACGAUUAUAUUUAUAAGGAAUAAAGAUGCUGUGAGCCAGAUGGCUGUCUGUCCUGUUAAAACAACCGAACCAAGCUCUCCAACCUUUCCAAUUCAAGAGGUUGAAAAAGCAAUCCCUAGUUCUUUACCGCUGGUGAAUUUCAGCAAUUUUAAGAAUGUUCUGCAUGUUGAUUUACCCAAGGACCAAGGAGGGUUGGGUAUUGCCAUAAGUGAAGAAGACACGAUUAAUGGUGUUGUUAUUAAAAGUUUAACUGAUAAUGGUGCAGCAGCAAAGGAUGGCCGCAUCAAGGUGGGAGAUCGGAUCUUGGCAGUGGAUGAUGAACCUGUAGUAGGUGAUCCUAUUGAAAGGGUUAUUUGUCUGCUGAAGAAAGCCAAAACGUCUGUAAAGCUGACAGUCAGUUCAGAUGAUCAGGACAAUCAGCAGCUAAUUCCUCUACCUCCACUGACAUUUAACUCCAGUGCAACAGAGAGGAAUACUGGGCAGCAGCCCUCCGUGAGUUUAACAGAACCAGAGACACUGCGAAAUGCGAGCAGAUCCUCCACCCCAGCUACAUUUCCCUCUGACCCAGCCACCUGCCCCAUUAUCCCAGGAUGUGAAACAACUAUUGAUAUAUCCAAAGGGCGCACAGGUCUGGGUCUUAGCAUCGUUGGUGGGGCAGAUACACUGCUGGGUGCCAUUAUCAUUCAUGAAGUGUAUGAAGAAGGUGCUGCCUCCAAAGAUGGAAGACUUUGGGCUGGAGACCAGAUUUUGGAGGUGAAUGGCAUUGACCUAAGAAGCGCCACACAUGAUGAAGCAAUAAAUGUACUCAGACAGACUCCACAAAAAGUGCGUCUUAGUGUAUACAGAGAUGAGGCGCAAUACAAGGAGGAAGACAUGUAUGAUAUACUCACUGUGGAGCUGCAGAAGAAGCCAGGAAAGGGUCUUGGUUUAAGUAUUGUAGGAAAAAGAAAUGAUACUGGAGUGUUUGUGUCUGAUAUUGUAAAAGGCGGUAUUGCUGAAUCAGAUGGGAGACUGAUGCAAGGUGACCAGAUACUGAUGGUUAAUGGAGAAGAUGUUAGAAAUGCCACACAAGAAGCUGUUGCUGCCCUUCUGAAGUGUUCUUUAGGUACAGUAAACUUAGAGAUUGGAAGAAUCAAAGCUGGGCCUUUCCAUUCUGAAAGGAGGACAUCACAAGGAAGCCAGGUUAGUGAAGAGAGUGGAAGUCUCACAUCAUUCAGCGCAUCAUCACAGCCUGAUCCACUUUCCACUGGCUUUAAGAAGAAUGAUGCCUCUGAAAUUCAAGGACUAAGGACUGUGGAAAUCAAAAAGGGUCCGUCAGAUUCCCUCGGUGUCAGCAUUGCUGGAGGAGUUGGAAGUCCCUUAGGAGAUGUACCAAUCUUUAUUGCUAUGAUGCAUCCAAAUGGAGUAGCUGCCCAAACUAACAAACUGAGAGUUGGUGAUAGGAUUGUUAGUAUAUGUGGGACAUCAACUGAAGGAAUGACUCACUCACAGGCUGUCAGUCUCCUGAAAAAUGCUGCAGGCACUAUUGAAUUACAGGUAGUUGCUGGUGGCGAUGUGAGUGUGGUAACAGGCCCGCAACAAGAACACACUGGGCCUUCUGCCAGUUAUUCAGGAAUCUCCUCAAGCACCAUAUUACAGGAUGACUUGGGACCUCCCCAGUACAAGACUAUUGUCCUUGAGAGAGGACCAGAUGGCCUAGGCUUCAGCAUUGUUGGAGGUUAUGGAAGCCCCCAUGGUGACCUGCCAAUAUAUGUGAAGACAGUGUUUUCAAAGGGAGCAGCAUCAGAUGAUGGACGUCUGAACAGAGGAGACCAAAUAAUUGCUGUGAACGGACAAAGCUUAGAAGGAGUGACUCAUGAAGAAGCAGUUGCAAUCCUCAAGAGGACAAAAGGAACAGUCACUCUGACUGUGCUUUCCUGAUUAAUAAAAAGAAAUUGCCUUUUUUGGGGCCUUUUGGGAUUCAGCGGUAACCACUUUUCUUUGUAAUAAGGGAAGUACCACUGUAGGUUAUCUGUGUGGCAAGUAGAGGCGGUAAUGCUAUAAGAGGGCCUGUUAAUCUGCUUCUGUUUAACCUGACUUAUUUACAUCACAUUAGCUAAAGAUUUUACAUGAUUCCCAGUUUAGGGUUGUGUGCAGUCUGAGUGACUAGUGCUUUCAGUAUUAUUAUGAAUCUGUCCCUCUUUUAAAGAUAGUCAGUCUCCGUAAUCUAAAACUAUUGCAAAACAACAUUUUUUGUGAUUUUAACAAAAUCAUGAAAAAAAACAAGAAAACCAAGUUAUCUAUUUAGUUUUAUAGAUGACUCUGAGAGAAUUUUCAGUAUUUUUAAAGUUGAAACGCAGCCGUUGUACUGAUCAAAUUAGUAGUUGUAUUUCCGAAUAAUUAAACACUGAAGUUUUUUUCAAGGCAUUUAUUUUGUCAAAACGUUUUGUAAUGUUACCAAACAAGCAGUCUAAUUAUUCUGGUACUACAAACCUCAAAUGUAAUCAUCACUGUUUACUGCUUUAUUUUUAACAAAUAUGAAAGCUUCUGUUGCUAAACAUAUAACUGAAGGAAUAUUGAGCUAUGCUGCCUUUCUCAGACACUUUUUAUUUUGUAUUAUAUGCCUACAUUUAUUUGUCAGUCAGUUGCAUAAAAAUGUAUCCGUAUUUAAAGAUUUCAGUGUAUUAACCAAUGCAUUUCACCACUGACAAUAAUGGUUUGCAGUGAUAUACAAAUCUAGAAUACAGUUUAUAAAAAUGUUUUUUUAUCAAGUGUUUGGUUCUGGUGUCAUUUAUCUUGACAAUGUCACCAUAGUUCAUUUUAAAGCUUAAACAAUGUUGUGCAGUGUUUUAGUAACAACUGUUCAGAAAUUCCAGUAAUUUGUAGAAAACAUUCUUGGAAUUGAUAUUAUGAAGGCUACAUUUCAUAUCAUUGCUUGCCUCCCACGUCCUUUAUAGUGUGAUUUCUAAUCACAAGACCGUGGUUUCUUUAAGUUUAUUCAUUCUAGAACACAUACAAUUUUUUUUUUUUUUAGGAAGAAUAUAUGUAUUUAAGGAACAUUUUAUUCAGUGUUUAUAUUUUGCUUUCUACAAACGUACUGUGAUAUUUAUGUUGGAGUUUUCCUACCAUAUCCUACAGGUGCAGACAACUGUAGGAUUUGUGGGAUUCGUACAUUUCCAUUUCUGAAGCCAUAACCUGAGCCAUUUUUGUAGACAUAAUGUUCUGCAAUAUGAUUUAUAUGAUUUCUUUAUGAAUGAUUACAGGUGGAUAAAUAGUUACUGUAAAACAAAAGCUGUUAAUUGUUUAACAAACCCGUUGGAUAUAAUGCAUAUCGUACUAAAUAUUAGUUUAAUACACAAUACUGAAAAUGCAUACUAAGCUAUCUCUCGUAAGCUUUGAAAAUGCAUUUAUAACCUCUUUUUGGUUGACAAAUGAAUACUGUGUUUUACAAUAUAAUGCUGCCUAUUCCAGACAGAAUCAUUUUCUGUAAUGCUUUUUCUACAUAUUGAAGUUAUAUGUAACCUAAAAGUAAACAUUAGAAAAUAUUUCUAUCAAUGAGAUAUCAGACAUUACUGCUAUUUACAUGACCUUGAAGAGACAUACAUGUGCAUUUUAUUAUUGCACUAUUGCAUAUAGCUUUGUGUUUUAAUCCCUGAAAAUGAUCUUUUAAAAUGGCAUGUUCUAUCUGAAUCAUGAAAGUUUCAUUUGAACCUUUAUGUCCAUUUGAUGUGAAAUAUGGCACAAACAUAUUAAUUGCAGAAAUCUGAACAAUCUAUUUUAUUGAUCUAAAUUAAACAUAACCACUUUAUUUGGCAGUUUAUAUCAUUUUAAUGCAUUUCUUUAUGUACACUUUUUAGAAAAAUGGGGAAUUUACUCUGGAAUAAAUAUAUUAUUGUCUAACAUUAAAUCUAUGUGUUAAAUAAGUCACUUGUAAUGUAUAUGUAUUUGUAGUUCAAGCACUGUACAGAUAUUUUGAUACUGACACUAUAUUCUUACGAGAUUACAAUUUUAUGACACCACUGUUUUCUUUACAUAGAAAAUAAUAAAGUUGUAGAUUAAUUGUG